CAAAAAAUAGUCUUUAUGCUGCGAAGAGAGAAAAGAAACACAGCAAAUCGACACUGUCUGCUUCCAGCGCUCAGAAUACACGUCCUCGUGAUAACCAAAUGCUUUUUAUUUAUUACGGCUUCCCCCAAGGCGACUACUUACAGCUUAUAUGCGCGUAAGGUGACGUCACGGUCUCGUGAGAAGAGGCAUGUGACGUCUGUUUUUGUUGUCCUGCAGGAGUCUAGAAGCAAGACGUUGUCGGCUAUCCCGGGGUGCGGGGAGCGUAAGGAAAGCGGGACGUUCUUUACAGGUUGGUGGAUCGUCAUUGAUGCUGCUGUCAAUUAUCCUGAUACAGAAAGGUUGAAUCACUCGUAUCAUGCAUGUGGUGUUAUAGCCACUGUUGCAUUUUUAAUGAUAAAUGCAGUGUCCAAUGGACAGGUUCGUGGAGAGAGCUACAGUGAGGGGUGUUUGGGGCAAACUGGUGCCCGUAUUUGGCUUUUUAUUGGCUUUAUGUUGUCCUUUGGUUCUCUGAUCGCAUCCAUGUGGAUUUUGUUUGGCGGUUAUGUGGCAAACGGUAGUGCAGUGGUAUAUCCAGGAAUUGCCAUAUUUUUUCAGAAUGCUUUCAUUUUCUUUGGGGGAUUGGUUUUCAAGUUUGGCCGGACUGAAGAUUUAUGGCAGUAAAAUGACUUGAAAGAAAAGUCUUCCCCCCCCCCCUUUCUUAAAACAUUCCUACUUAUAAACCAUUUCGUUGAAAUACACCCUUAUUUUUCAAUAGUACUGGACAUAUUUACCACUGAAUACUUUAUUUUAAGCUUUUGCACUUUUAUUUGUUUGGUUAACAGCUGUUUUUCAUGUUUUAUAAAUUUGUCUUUGAAGUAAAACAGUUCAACAAAA